AUGGAGAAGGGCCAGGAGGGUCCUGGGGAGGACAGCACAUCAGGCACCCCUGAGGCAGCGCAUCAUGAAGGGAAUCACAGUCCGGGCCUACAAGAUGGCUUCCAUGCCCAGGAGGAUGAGGAGCCUGGCACUAAGGAAGGAGUCUCUGAGGAGCAAGGGCAGCCUGGGGAAGAGCAAAAGAAGGAGCCAAGACCAGUGUCUGCUCCCAAAGACGAAGAGGAAGGGGGCGAGCAGAGCUCUGAGGAAGAUGACGAGCAGGGGGAGUCUGAGGAAGAUGAACAUGGCGAGUCUGAGGAAGAUGGAGGUGAGGAAGAGUCUGAGGAGGAGGGAGAGUCUGAGGAGGAGGGAGAGUCUGACGAAGAUGGUGCCGGGCCAGUGGGGACAGAGAAUGGAAAUGAAGGGGACGACAGGGAAGUGGCCAGCGCUGCCAGCAAAAGGGCAGAAGACCCGCCGGCAGUUGUAGAAGACCCGCCGGCAGUUGUAGAAGACCCCCUUGCAGACAAGCCAUCGCUGGUGGAAAAGGAGAUCCUGCCUGACCUCAGCACCAACCCCGCUGCUGCCAAGCUCUGGCACGGCCAGAUAGAAGAGGUUGAAGAUGCCAGCGAGCCGACCAAGCGCGACCGGUCCCACUUGGAGAGCACCCUCAAGCUGAACGAGGACAAACCUGCCGAUGAUUUCUCAGGAGUACUGCAGCGGCUGAGGAAGAUCUACCACUCCUCCAUCAAGCCCCUGGAGCAGUCCUACAGAUACAAUGAGCUGAGGCAGCACGAGAUCACAGCUUAUCCCGGACGCACCCUGGGCUCCUCUGCCACAGAUGGGGAGAUCACUUCCAAACCAAUGGUGCUAUUCCUGGGACCAUGGAGCGUCGGCAAAUCCUCCAUGAUAAACUACCUCCUUGGGCUGGAUGACACUCCCUACCAGCUCUACACAGGGGCAGAACCCACCACCUCCGAAUUCACUGUCAUCAUGCACGGCCCCAAGCUGAAGACCAUCGAGGGCAUCGUGAUGGCUGCUGACAGCGCCCGCUCCUUCUCGCCCCUGGAGAAGUUUGGGCAGAACUUCCUGGAGAAGCUGAUAGGGAUCGAGGUGCCCCACAAACUGCUGGAGCGAGUCACCUUCGUGGACACACCGGGCAUCAUUGAAAACCGCAAGCAGCAAGAACGAGGUUACCCGUUCAAUGAUGUGUGCCAGUGGUUCAUUGACAGAGCUGACCUCAUCUUCGUUGUUUUUGAUCCUACGAAGCUGGACGUGGGCUUGGAGCUGGAGAUGCUGUUUCGCCAGCUGAAGGGCCGCGAGUCUCAGAUCCGAAUCAUUUUGAACAAAGCCGACAGCCUGGCUACCCAGGAGCUCAUGAGAGUCUAUGGUGCCUUAUUCUGGAGCCUGGCUCCUCUCAUCAACGUCACAGAGCCACCCAGGGUGUAUGUUAGCUCCUUCUGGCCCCAGGAGUACCAUCCAGAUACCCACAAAGACCUGUUCCUCAAAGAAGAGAUAUCGCUCCUAGAAGAUCUCAACCAGGUGAUUGAGAACAGGAUGGAAAAUAAGAUUGCCUUCAUACGCCAGCAUGCCAUCCGGGUGCGCAUCCACGCCCUUUUGGUCGAUCGCUAUCUACAGACCUACAAAGACAAAAUGACCUUCUUUAGCGAUGGAGAACUGGUGUUCAGGGACAUUGUGGAAGAUCCUGACAAGUUCUUUAUCUUUAAGUCCAUUCUGGCAAAGACCAAUGUCAGCAAAUUUGACCUCCCCAACCGCGAGGCUUACAAGGACUUCUUUGGCAUCAACCCCAUCACCAGUUUUAAGCUGCUGUCUCAGCAGUGUUCCUACAUGGGAGGGUGUUUCCUAGACAAGAUUGAGAAGGCCAUCACUCGCGAGCUUCCCGAUCUCUUGGGAAGCAUUGGCUUGGGGAAGAAGCCCAAUGUUCUCUCCUGCGACAUCACUGGCUGUGGCGAAACCCCAAAGAAUCGCUACAGGAAACCCUAAGGUGUUCUGUAAUAUAACCCUCCACGUGUUCCUAGUGGUGAAUGAGCUUAUGUCUUAUCUGUCCAAGAAGCCGUGGUUUGUUAACCCUUUGAGUGCCACACUGGCAAAGGCUACUGUGCAACGAAGACUUUGAGUCAUUGACAUCGAUGGCAGGGGAAGACGGGUGGGCAUAAGAAAGAGAAUAAAAACUGUGAAU